UAACGAAUAAUUGAUUAAUCGGAUAGAAAUUUGCACUAAACUGUGCCUUUUGAGGAGUUCUGGGCAGAAUAUUAAUGGACCAAAAAGGGUUUUUGGAUCUAGAAUGCCAAAAGUUUUGUACAUUUUUGGGUCAGUUACUGCUGUCAAUUAGUCAGCAACUAAAUUAGCUGACUGUUAUUUGAAUAAUGGCUGCCACAGUGCUAAUAUAGUACCUUUCAUAUUAUUUACUUCUCUGAGUAGUUUGUUUUUUAGCAAAUGGCAUUUUUUCAGACUAUCAGUUAACAAUUAAGCAACAACUAAAUUAGUUGACCGUUAUUUCAAUUCAUCAUGAUGAAAACGAUUAAUCGUUUCAGCGCUAAUAAAUACAGAGUAAAAUGAACCAUUUGCUUGACUUCAGCGUUUGGUUUGAGUGAUUCUGCGUGUUAUCGGGUCGGUAGGCGAGGAAAGAAACCCCCCAACUGACAUCAUUUAGCGUCGCUUGCAGACAGCUGCCCACGCUGACAUGCAGAGCAUUUCCUCCUUUACUGCAAGUUUAGUCACACAGGUCAUAUGGCUGUUUGAGCAGCAGCAGCAUCGGCCGGGAUAACUAGGAAUUACUGCCGGACAUGGAUCGCUUCACACACUAAGGAGUCAACCCAGAAGACAAAAUGGAGGACAGCAUUGACGUGAAGGCUCUGAGGGCCCGCUUCAACAGCCAGGCCCGGGCCUCCGACACCAGCAGCCGGGACAGCGGCUCGCCCAAAUCUCCACGGCCGGGAUUUGGGAGGCCGGAGAACGACAAAAUAUCAGCAGCAAUUCCUCUGCGACCUUACCAAGGCCUGGCGAGGCCUCCGAAGGAAGAGUCACCCCCACCUGUUGCUGCUUCUUUGCACCGACCUUCGAACCGGGCGUCCGUUCAGUCCGGAGACGCCACCAACAAGGUGAAGCAGACCGGAGAGAUGCUGCAGAAGAUGAUGCUGACGCACCAGAGGGCUCCGGGGCCGUCGCUGUCUCCGGCCAGGUCUCCGGUCCUGGGUCCGUCUCCGGCCACCACGCCUCUGCUGCUACGCCAUCAGGCCCGGCAGAAGAGCUCCGGAGAGGUGACCCCGCUCCGCAGGCCGCUGCCCCCUGAGGGCCCGCUGCCCUUAAAGCCCAAACGGCCCCCGAACGUCAACCUGGAGCCGUUCAGGAAGACCCGGAGAGCAGGAGGAGGCGACCAGAGGAGAUACUCCACGGAUGUAAGGACGCCGGUUCCAGCGGUGAUGAGUCCGCCCAAACCGCCACAGCGAUCCAGCAAACCCAACAGGCUGCCGCGGCAGAUCGCCUCCGUAGACUUUGAAGAUGAACAGGAGACCUAUGACGACAUUGGAAGUUUUGAAAAGAACGAAUCCUGCAGCGAUAAUAAUUCCCACGGCAUGGAUGCAGAUAAUGAUGAUGAUGAUGAUGACGAUGAUGAUGUGUAUGAGUUUAUUGAUGAGGAACAAGUGUCGGCAAACCAUUCAAUUCCUGAAAAAAACAACCAGAAGGAAAGACAGCAGGAACAAGAAAUGAAGGAGCAGCUGGAGCGUCAGAAGAAACUGGCUGAGCUGAAGAGAAACUUUCAGCUACAAGGUGAGGUGAACGUUCUGCAUACGGCCCGGGUUCGGUACGACUGGCAGGCCGAAGGGAAACUGGACCUCAGCGUUCGACAGGGAGACAGCGUGGAGAUUAUUCGCGUGGAGAAUAACCCCAGGAGCAAAUGGUUGGCCCGUUCGCUCAGCGGACAAUACGGAUACAUCAGCAACUCGUGCGUGGAUAUCGACUAUGAAGCAGUUAAAAAAUUCAGAAUACCACCGCUGAGAAAAAUGGAUACGUUCGAUUUACCGCCGCCUCCGCCGGACCCGCCCAUGAUGCCAAACAUGGAGUCCAACAGCAGGAACAGCUUUCUUGAAGAUGAUGACGAAUAUGACGACGUUCAACCGCUGCCUGAGGAUUUCCCUCCUCCUCCACCUGAGAUCAGCAUAAACCCCAAAGAGGAAAAAGAGCUACGAAAAAAAUUUAAGUAUAACGGGCCUCUGCGGGUGCUGCACAGCAUGAUGGUGGACCCCAGCUGUGUCAUAAAGAAGCUGGGAGGGAAGGAUCUACAGGUGACUCAGGGGGAAGUCGUUGAUGUCAUCGAAGAGACAAACAGCAAGAAGUUUCUGUGUCGAAACCGGCUUGGAAAAUAUGGAUACGUGUCGAAAUCUAUUCUUCUCGCAAUGGAAGGAGACAUUUAUGAUGAUGUGGAUUACCCCGACGAUGUUUACGACAACGACAAUCUGAACAUGGAUCACUGAAACGUUUCAAACUAACUCUGCAUUUCAACAUAAGGGAGCAAACUAUCCAGAACAAAAACAAAAAACUUCAGGAGUUUCAAACUAUGACACCAUCAAGCUCUGACAGAGAUCCACAUGGGAACAGACGCCUCACUUGGUUCAGAAAAACCAUGCGCUUUCUACAAGUUUUGUUAUUUUAAGCUUUGCUGGACAGAAAAGGACUGAUUUUCUGUCUGGUUCUUUCAAACAAACAAACUGUGAUGUAAACAAGUCAAACUAAUCAGCUGAAGUAAAAACAAACUCAAACUACAGACAUAUAACCAAACUCUCCCCACUGAACAAACUAAGCCAAACAUAUUUUCUGAUAAAAGCAACAUAUCAACACCCACACUGAGAAAUAGAAACCGAUUAUUGCACUGUUUAUCAAAAUGCUUGUAUAGAAAUUUAAUACACUAUUUCUGUUGCUUUAUGUUUCUCAGCAUCCAGGAUAAUUUAAAAUAUAAAGCUGUUUCUGAUUGAA